CCCAAAUCCAAAAUAAAGGUCUUCAAUGUACGCCAAAAUUGAGCAGCCCGCAUUAAAUCGCUUUCUUAUUGAUCAGUUGAGUUGUUUUGUUUCGCAAAUUCCAUCUCUGCGGCCGCUGCCGGUGAAAGCCCAAGCGACAGAGGAAAAGGCAAAAGCAACAGUGAAACAGCGAAUCGAACCGAAUAAGAACGGUGGUUGGCGACGGAAAUUGGCGGUGGUCCGGGCGGUAGUGGUGGGGUGGUACGUGCAUCAACCACAGCAAGAAGUCAACCUUGAAAGAAGAAGCAUUCAGCACCAACAGCAGCAACGACUGGUGGGUCGUCGACGAGGAGGGAGGAAGGAAGCUGGGUAUAACGAACUGCAUCAGCAGCAGCAACAGCAGAGGCAGCGAAGACGACGACGACGACCGCGGCGACGACGGUGCUCUAGCAGCGGUGGUGGAGGAAGUCGACGGUUGUGUGGCGCGGAAGCAAGAUGUUCGCGGAGAAACUGCUCGCCAACGUCGUCAAGGCGGAGAUGCUAGCGAACAACAGCGACACGGAGGAACUGCUGGAGAAGUUUGUUCCGGUUGGGAUGAUGAACGGUACCAUGAGCAUCCAGAAGCCCCAAACCGUCAUCACCGAUCUCGGAAAGGCACUUCUCCAGGCAGCUAAAACCGGCAACACGGAAAAGGUUCACGAGCUGAUGAGCCGCGGUGCCCCGUUCACAGCGGAUUGGUUGGGGACGUCCCCAUUGCAUUUAGCAGCGCGCUACAACAACGUGGAAACGUGCAAGGUUCUGCUGCGGGCCGGAAUCAGUAAAGAUAGCAAAACUAAGGUCGACCGAACGCCACUUCAUUUCGCCGUCUACCAGGGCAAUGUCGAGAUCGUGGAGCUGCUGUUGAACAGCAAGUGUGAGGUCGACGCGAAGGAUAUGCUUAAAAUGACCGCCCUUCACUGGGCGGUUGAGAAGCGGCAUGACAAGAUUGUGGAGAUGCUUUUACAGCAUGGAUCCGAUCCGAAUGCCGUCUCAAAGUUCGGAAAAAGCCCCAUCAGUAUUGCGACCGAAGCCGGGCUGGUGGAUUUGGUGCGGAUACUGCUGCUGGCCAACCAGAUGCGGGCUGCCAGUAGAGAACAGAUUCAAGAAGCAACGGACAAUUUGAUGUACGAACUCCAACAGCACAAGGAGCGAACCAGCGCGGCUUUGGAUGAUGGGGAGGACAACAUCACGAUGGAUCUUAGCAACGAUGGCAGUAUCUCAAAUAUGUCUUCCAUUCCGCGGGGAGGGUUGGAACAGCUCGAUUCCAACGACACUGACAAUCUCAUAGAGAAAGAGGACAGUCUUAGCGAUGCCAUUAUUAAUCUGGAACAGAACACCGAACAGGAUCCGAAGAAUCUGGACUCCAACACGUUGCAGAUGCUGAAGGAGCACGGAAUAGCGAUGAUUCCAUCGGACGACUCCGGCAGCAGUCUGAUCACUUCGGCCAUCCAGAGCGGGCGGAAGAUUCUGCUGUCGGAGGCGGGGAAGUUCGCCCUCAACGAGACAAGGCUGCAAUCUGGUAACGUGGGAGGUACGGCGACUACAGUGCCUUCGACGAUGCCCCCGACAACGACGAAGAAAACGAUCAAGAUCAUCAAGAAGACUUCACCGUACGUGGUUUCACAGCAGCAGCAACAUCACGGGUUGCACCGGCCGCCUCUCGGCCAUAGCCAUGCGGGAGGGGGCGGGACAAUCAAGACUAAUAAGGUUAUAAAGAUACUGUCGGCGGAGGAAUUUAAGCAGAUUUGCGGAGGCGAGGUCAGUGGGAUUAAGAAAAUUUCCUCGGCGGACUACCGGAAAACGGUGCAUCAGUCCGGAGUGAUGAGAACACCCCAAAUGCUGCACCGAUCACCCGGCACAUUCAGCUCGUCCGGCGCGAAACAAAUCAAAAAGAUCGUCAUGACGAAAAACCGGCUCACCGGAAGUGUGCCCGGCCCGGGCGAGAACGUCAUCUCAAAGUUUAAUUCUGUAAAUAGCUUCGGUAGUAGUAACAACAGCAGUAACAGCAUCAUCAACAGCAACCAGAACAGACACAUCAUCACCUCGGCCGACGGUGUAAAACGGCUCCGGACGGCAACCGGAAUGGAAAUAAUCUCGAAAUUGCCCACCAAGAUACCCCAGGACACGGUGGUAUCGGUGGAGGGCAAUAGUGGUGUGAUAGGUUCCCGACAAAGCACCGGCAUAGUUCCUAUCUCGUCGGUGAGUCAGCAGCAGCAGCAGCAGCGGGUGGUAAGUAGCAAUUCGAAUUUAAAUUCUUCCAACAAUUCCGCUCUGGGCGGAGUCAGUAGCAACGGCAGUAGUAGUACCGGUUCGUCGAUGACUCUCGGCGAACUAGAGCGACAUUUCCUCGAACAGAAAAAGCAGAUGGACGAUCUGCGGAAACAGUUCGAACUGUCGCAGAAACAGAACGAAGAAUACCGGGCUCGCGUGGACAAACUAGAGAAGGAGGUGCAAACGCUGAAACAGAGUAGUAGUAAUAAUCCUAACAACUUUAUAGAGAUACUAUAAGGUAGCUAAAAGUGAGGAGAGUUUAGAGAUUAUUUAUUGUUUAGUUUUCCGCGCUCUGCCCGUUUAUAUAGAGAAAAAAAAACACAGUUGGAACUUUUUAUUGGUUAUACAUGUACUUUUUUUUUAGAAUCGGUUUAGAUUACGCGAUUUCAAUACCUGAACUGAGCUCUCGACGGAAAAUAUAAUAUACACACAAUAAUACGUUCGUUUAUUCCUUAAACCCGUUCUGUCCCAAUUCCACUAUUUUUGCCGCGAAUUUUAUGGUUUUAUAGGUGUAAGCUAGAGUUGAAUGCAAUAGCAAACGCGAUUUUUAUAUUAUGUUACUAGAGGUUGUGCAGACGGAUGGUCGGUAAAUUUGGAGGUGAGUUUUGAGUAAAAAUCUACUAUAGAAAGUUAAAUCAAGAUAUGCGCACCUGCUUGGUACCUACAUUCUUGGAGGUUAACUGUGAAGGCAAGACAGGCUCGUUCGGUUGAGCCUCCACAGUGAGAGAUCAGUGGGUGAUUUUAUGAAUAAUUGUGUCCUUCAAAAUUUGCAUCUGGACAUGAUAUAUGUCAUGAGAGCAUGGAUGUAAUCACCCCAAAGGGGUGGUCACUUUACACACUCAUUUUGCGCCAACUUUUUUUCUCAGGCUCUGAACCAUUUGGCGAUUUUUUUUAACUUUUGGUUAAAAUUUGACAGAUGGAAAGUUAUCGAUGAACCCUGCUAACCGAGCAUGGUUAUUUCUGUCAGACAAGAAGUUAAAUUUUGACAACCUUGGGUUGAAAACCGGUCGAUUGAGAGCACGGGGAUUUUCGAACAUAGAAAAUAACUUUCGAAAUGUCACUUUUAACCACGAGUUAAAUUUAACUCAGCAAAUGGUUCACACACGCAGAGAAAUGCUGUGACGGUAGUACCGAGAGUACCAGUCAUCUGACUGAUAUUGUUGGCUUGUAAAUUUGUCAGUUCAAAUGUUUUGUUUUGAAGCAACAAUACAACUAACAGUGGAAUCCAAACCAAGAGACAAUGAUCCAGAGGCACUCCAGUAGGACUUGUUAAUACCGGACAAACUGGCCCGACCGGAAGAUGGUG